GUAAAACUGCGACCUCCUCGACACUUUUUGGCCCUCGAUGGUUUCCGUAGCACGCAGUCCUACAACGUGCCAGCACGAAAGGCAAGCUUUUGCGGUUUCAAGUUCCGAAAGUGCAGUUUGAUCACAACUGUGAUAACAAAACAAUCAUGGCAGAAAACCAAGAUCAAAUGACCCCCAUUGAGAUGAAAGUGGCACGCCAACUGGAGUAUUAUUUUGGAGAUCACAAUCUCCCAAGAGACAGGUUUCUCAAAGAACAAGUGCAACUCGACGAUGGCUGGGUGACACUGGAGACCAUGCUUAAAUUCAACAGACUGAAGUCGUUAACUACAGACAGCAGCGUCAUCGUGGCAGCUCUCCAAAAAUCAAAGACGGGCCUCUUGGAGAUCAGUGAGGACAAAACUAAAAUCAGGAGGUCUUCAGACAAACCCUUACCAGAGUUAACCGAUGAAUACAAAGACGCAUUGAAACACAGAUCUGUUUAUAUUAAAGGUUUUCCUCUUGACACAACUCUUGAUGAGAUUCAAGAGUGGCUGAGUGGAAAAGGCAACAUGGAAAACAUCCAGAUGAGGAGAAACCUGCAAAGGCAGUUCAAGGGAUCAGUGUUUAUCUGUUUUGACACGGAAGAGUCCUCCAAGGAGUUUGUGGAACGCUCGGAUAUCAAGACAUUCAAAGACAACGAGAUGCUUGUGUUGCUGAAAGAAGACUACAUCACAAAGAAAAAUGAGGAAAGGAAAAACUACAGAGCGGAAACUAAAGCAAAAGUUAAACAGGAAAAGGAUCAACAGCAGAAACUAGCAGAAGAAAAAGAAAUGGGUUUGCUGUUGGAGGAAAAGACCGGCUGCUUGCUGAAGUUUUCUGGGGAGCUGAAAGACGUUUCAAGAGAGGACUUUCACGCAUUGUUCUCCGGGCACGGAAAGAUUAAGUGGGUUGACUUCACAAGAGGGGCCAAGGAGGGGACCCUGCUUUUUGAUGGGAAUGCAAAAGAAGCCUUUGAAAAAGCAAAAGAGGAAAAUGGAGGAGAGCUAAAAAUUAAAGACGGCACAGUGACGUGGCAGGUUCUUGAGGGAGAUGAGGAGAAAGAGGAACUGAAGAAGAUCAUCGAGGCCCAACAAGAGUCACACAACCGAUUCAAAGGCAGAGGUGGAAGAGGAAGAGGAGGUGGAAGAGGGAGAGGAGGCCGAAGGGGAAGGGGUGGAAGAAGUGGGAGAGAGCAAAGAGAUCAAGGAAAAACAGAGUUCCAGGGAAAGAAGACUAAAUUUGAGAGUGACGAUGAAGAUGGGGAGGCCCCAGUAGCCCCAAAGAGGGAACAUGAAGAUGCUGAUGGUCCUCCAGCUAAAGUGAUCAAAACGGAUAAGGAAUCCUAAUGAUGAGAUCCAGAAUUUUUCUUUUUUUAAUGUGAAAAGAAAUUUAUUAUCAACACUGAAAAUGCAGAGGCAUCCUGAGUCCAUUCCAUGAAAAGCUUCAGGCUUGGGAGAAUCUUAGGAAGUCCACCUGAAUGUCAACCUGAAAGAAAGAAAAAAAUGCAAAGCGUUACCAGCUUUUAGCCUUUCUAAGUCCUCUUGUUUGCCUCACAUCAUAAUAUCUGUAUCCUGUUUUGAUUUUAGUGUAUUGGACAGAAAACUGCUUUUGACAGUAAUUUAAUUUCAACAGAACAUUUUUAGUUAUUUUUUUAAGAUGUAAUAUGUAGAAUCAGUGUGCCAUUGUUUUGUUUUCCAUUGUAGACUUCCUACAUUGAGUGAUGCAGAUGUGCUUAUCUUCUAAGUUUGCAUAUGUGAAAAACAAAUAAAACAAUUAUUAAAAAAAUA